UGUCAUGUGCUGCAAAACGUUGUACUUGUAGAAAAAGCUAUAGAAACAAGAUGACAGUGUGUGUAUGUUUAAAUUCAACGUGUGUGUUUGUUUAGUUCGCAGUCUAGUCUUUACGUAGUGAACAGUCUGUCAGCCGACUCUCAGUCCGGAAUAGAGGGGAAUAAACCUUUCAUGUCUCAAGAUAACAUCCUAAAUGUCUUACGUCAAUCAAACGAUGGCACCCCUGCUUCUGUUUUAACCACGCCCACGUUUGCGACAUUUCCUGUGACGUCAGUCAAUCCGUCAACUGAGGCUGUGAUAUCCAGCACGAAGCCUUGGCCGGAAACAUCCGAGGGUAUUGCAGUGUUGACGACGAUUGGGGUGACCAUCUUACUAACGAUUCUGUUCUUUGUCUUGUUUUGUGUUUGUACAAGAAAUCGUAAAUACAAGCUGGGAGAUGACGACCAUGGCAAUGAGAGAGGUAAACCAAAGACAAUUUUUGAAAAGAAACGCCCAAACCAGGAGCCAUUCGUCAUAAGUGUAAGUAUACUUAAGAAUGCUAUGAUAGUUUAAUGGUUUGCGCAUAUUGCUAGACUUGAUAUGAGAUAACUCGCGUAUAGUCAUUUCUAGA